AUGUUUCGAACUUCUCUUGUGGUCUUGCCAAUUAAACUAGUAUUCGCAUCAACACACAAGGUAAAUGGAUGGUACGAACCUGCAUAUUUGGAAACGAAUAUGGUUGGAAGCAAUACAAAUACAAAUACGUUUCGCGUUAUUCAAGAGCAGACGGCAGCUAUGGCUUUCGAAUGGAAACCAAUGACGCACAAAAAUUUCGAUUAUGUCUAUUUGGUUCUAGACGUAUACCUUUGGCCCGAUGAAACGGUGAGAGUUUACAAAGGCAAUAUAGGUUUAUUAGAAGCUAUUGGCCAACCGUGUGAAGCGUCGACACUUCGUGCAGAAGGCUACAAUACGAACUAUUUUUAUUCUAACUUCCAGACCUAUCGUAUGACAUACAAAAGAAUCCCAAGAAUCGAGAAUGUUCAAAUACAGUUGGUGCAAGAUUUGUAUCCACUUCUGAGAUGGGAAAAAGAACGAAGUGCCUGUGGACCAACUGAUUUGACCAUUAUAUUCAGAGGAUAUUCAACACAGCACUUGCAGAUGUAUAUCAUCUCGGGCGACCAAGUUGAGUAUUACAUGAACCACAUCGAAACGGAAGAUGGAAUGGAAGAAGUGUUUAUUCUGUUCAGUAAACAUGAGAAACGUUUCUCUCUACCAACGAUGGGUUUUUCUAGCAAACCAGGUUGUGGAAGUGGAAUGAUCUGGGUACAUGUGAUGACAUUACACAUGUUUGUCGGUCGACAACUGUAA